AUGUCACAAGAUCGGCAGCCUAACCUCCCGGAUGAGGUGGUCUUUCCUGAUCUGCAAAUCACUGCGGAUGGUCUCGAGGGUGUGGACUUCAACGCCAUACCUGACCCCGAUAUCCCUCAGUGGUUAAAAGAUGUUCUUGAGGCCAACACCCUCCUCGAUGCUGGCCAGCCAUUCACUCAGCCGUCACCACCCACAGACCAGCCACGAAGCAAUGCUUCUGUAAUAACAAUUCGCCGUAGCUCCGGCGCUGGCUCAAACCAGUCCAGGCUUUCCAUCACUGUCCAGGACAAGAAUGGCAGAAAGAGUUCCAAGGAGAUCAUUUGGGACUCUGCCUGGGAUGUUCUCCUCCAGGACUUCAAUGCCGAGAGCGCAGCGAACCAGCAAGCCGCUGCCUUGCCGCUGCCGGCCCAAGGACCUGUCGCUCCUCUAGAUGCCCUGCCACCUGCUACACUUCCGACUCCUAAGGACACUCCGCAGCUUCAAGGCAUAUCGACUCUGUCGGACCUUCUUGAACAUCAGACACUCCCACCUGGCCUCAAUGGUCUGGCAUUACCAUCCUGGUCUGAUAACCUUAAGGAAUUCCAGCCAUACCUCACACCUGUUGCUGCUGCGCCGUCCUCACCACCUCUGCUGAACCUUCUUGAGCACCAGCCACUCCGGCAGCUUCCACAAUCACAUGCUCCUCCUGUUCCUGUGGACCCUAUGCUUUAUCAGACCCCGCCUGCGCCGGGCGCUCAGCAAUAUGGGACGCCAGCCGCUCCACAGGCCCUAUCUUCUACUAACGCCUACAUGGGAUCAGGUGCACAGAAUCUUCAGCGGCCCCGAUCCCGAACGACGGCUUCACCGGCCAGGCAAGCCCCCCCGACGGCGAGAGCGAAUGCUCCGCCCAAGGGCGCAGGCCCUCGCUCAGACAAUUCUGGCCGCCCACCGCUACCAUCAACUAUCGCACCUUUUGUUAACCCGCAUCACAUUCCCCGGAACCACGGCCGCGUACCAGACAAGCGCGGGAUGAAGGAUACGACAAUUGCAAAUGAUUUCUAUUACUCCAUCAGUCAUCUUCCUGCGCUCACUUUGCCAUACAGCGGAAAAGUAGUCAACUACAGCGGGGUCGAGUUUGAGCCGAAUCUGCGAUUCACGGCCAACGAGUUCCUGGAGUACCUUGAGUAUGCGGCACAGCGGCCUGACAAGACCCGUCGUCCUAUCCUGCGCAUCCAGAUCCAACCCUCCCAGGCCAACCAUCGGUAUAUUCGAGGUGGCCAGAGCUUCAAGUGUCGUUUUCAAGGCUGCCCUGACAAACGCGGGACAAUUCUGAAAGGCCAGGUGCGCAUCUGCAUCCAGGAGUUUGAGGAUGAGAGCGGAGACUGGCUGAACCCUUACCACAAUGCAGGUUACAUGCACCUCUACUGCCUCGAGCAGCAGGUCAACCUAAUUGAGCUCUUCCGCGACCCUCAAGUAGUUGUCGUCCCUGAAGAUCGCAAGUUUGGCCACGAGCCUCCUGCUACCACGAAUCCGAAGGCCAACAACCCGAUGGCCCUGAACGACCUGGAGCAGGGUGUUAUAGAGGCAUGGGUUGAGGAGAUCGGUUCUAGGUGGCAUGCCUUCACGGCAACGUAUCCGGACCCUGUGACGCGCCCGCCUUUCGUGCUCGACGACAAGGAUCACUUGUUCCAUCGUCUCACAGCGGCUCAUCUCGAGAACCCCUCUACAAAGAUUAUUCAGCGAAAGAGGAAGCUCAAAGCUGGCGGUAAGUUGACCAACCAUCUGGACCAGUUCGUGGGUGAUGUCAGUAAGCAGGUCGAGACACAUAAGCGGAUGCGGGCCCAGCGAGAGCAAGGUCAGAACGCGCCGGCUGCUGUGCCUGAGCCUGAUCCCGCGCCCGAGUCGCCCCGCAAGAGAAUACGCACACAUGGUCCCACACGUGCUCAGCCUUUGCAGGCCCAGCCGUCCGCGGCACAGCCUGCAUAUCCGUUAAACCUCCUUGACGGCUAUGCUGAUGACCAUGCUAUAUACAAGGACAACUACGUGCCGCAGCAGCACAAUCAUGCGCUGCAGCGGGGCGACAACAUGCCGGUGAGCAUCCCUCGCGCUGGCAGUCAUCCCGGCAGGCGGGGCGCGGGCGCUUCACAAACGCAGGAGGCCGAGACCCCUAGACAUCGGGCGGCGCAGGCUGGCGUUCGGAAGUCACCUAGGCGUCGGUCGCCGAGAAUUCGGGCUGGUAAGAUCUCAGACAACGGUUCCCAGACACGAAGAAGCUCUGCCAAUGAUGCUGGCCGGGGCCCUUCCAGACGAGCCUCAGCGGUGUCGGAGACGAGCGAGAACAGCCUAGAUGCUCUCCUUCUUGACGCUCUUCGCCAGGAUGGCGCCGCUGAUUGA